GAAAUAUGACUGGCUGUCAGCGCAGGAGUGAUUUCCUGAAACGCCGCUGUCGCUGUGAUUUCUUCCGGGUUUGAGUCGUGUUUAUUUUGAUUAGGUGUAACAAGCAAACAUGACGGGGAACGCUCCACAGGUGGCUGCCGGGUGUUAGGACCAUGUUUGGCGUGGAUUUGCACACCUGUGUGCCUCGGUAGAAGCAACUUGAAGGUGAUCCCAUUCGGACCUGAUACACCUGUUGCUCCAUUUUGACGCGCAACGAACAGGAAGAGCAAUACUGUGGACUUUUACCCUUUUGAAUUCAUUUUUUUUGCUAUUAUGAAAGUCACAGUAACUUUUGGUGACACAGCAGUGGUUGUUCCGUGUAAAUCUGGAUGGACCGUCCGGGAUUUAGUGGACCAAGCCACGCGGAGAUACCGUAAGAUUUUGGAUCAGGAUGGGAGAAGUGCUGUAAAUACGCACCACCUGGAGUACACUGAUGGAGGCAUCCUGGACAUGGAUGACCUGCUGAUGGACCUCGUGGAAGACCGGGAUAAGCUGGUGGCGUUUUUCGAAGUGCAACGUGGGAUAACAGACAGUCCCAGAGAGAGCAUCUCAAAUGGCGACUCCAGUGCUGCCCCCAGCCCCGAGCCACUGAAUUACUACUCGCACCUCCAGCUCCAGGAGCCGAUUCAAGGGGAGAUAGAAGUCAAUGAGGUCACCCUCAAAUCUAACACGCCCCUGUUAGUGAGGAGCAGCAGUGAGUCAGCAUUGGCUCCGUUCAUUGAAACAACCACGGUGCACAAUGACCGACGCAACGAGGCCCCCAAAACGGAAACAAACCAUGUGCUGGAGGGAGGUCCGGAACAGCCCACCAAGAUGAGCACUGUUACAUUUAGCACCCUCACAAGGACAGUCAACUUGCUGGGGGACCGGGGGCCCCUGGGUAUUCAAGUUACUCCCUACUGCUCAUCUCUCAGUGGACGGAUGCUGGGUCUCCUCAUAAAGAACAUUGAGGAUACCAGUCGCACCAAGAGGGAGAACAUCUUUCAAGAGAACGAGUGCAUCGUCCAUAUUAACGACACACCGUUGCAAGAUAAGACCUUCGCUGAUUCACAGGAAGUGUUCCGUCAGGCCCUGUCCGGCCCGUCCAUGCACCUGGAGGUUGUUCCUGUUCCAAACAAGCCUCGUUACGAGAAGAGUCUAAUAGGCCAACUCUUCACCAGCAACGGCAGAGACUCAAAAGAAAAGAGUCCGAUGGUAAACCGUGCAAAAAUUGACCUCCAGCCUGUGGCAAAACAAGAUUCCAAACCCAGUCCAAUGGUUGGACGGCAAGACGCAGGAACCAAGACACCCGAACCUCCUCUGCUGAACCCAGCGCCAGUCACUGUAAACCCGGCGUCAGCAGAUGCCCAUUCUAGAAAUGCAUCAUCGGAGAGGGCCUCCCCCACACCUCUGGUGAGGAUGGCUAGCUCUUCCUCGCCACCCACGACCCGCAGGCAGAGCCCGAUCACCAUCAAGAGCAGCGCUGCGUCUGACCUGGCCGACCUUCCAAACAAGAAAGGCGGCAAGAGGAUCAAAAUUGACUUGAGGAAAGGGGCAGAGGGUCUUGGCUUCACUGUGGUGACCAGGGACUCCUCAAAUGAGGGGCCUGGGCCGAUCCUGGUGAAGAAUAUACUCCCACGGGGCGCAGCAAUCAAAGAUGGCCGCCUGCAGCCUGGUGACCGCAUUGUCGAGGUGAACGGAAUGGACAUGACGGGCCGCAGCCAGGAGGAACUGGUGGCCAUGCUGCGGAGCACCAGACAGGGAGAAAGUGUGUUUGUGGUGGUGGCGCGACAGGACGACAUCUUCCUGCCACGGGAACUGAAAGGUGAAGAAAGCAGGAGUCUCAUACUGGAGGACGGCAGGGAGCAACUUAUGUAUGAGAUUCCACUCAACGAGACGGGUUCCGCUGGCCUGGGAGUCAGCUUGAAGGGCAACAAGUCGAGAGAGACUGGCGAGGACCUGGGUAUUUUCAUCAAGUCCAUUAUCCAUGGAGGGGCUGCCUACAAGGAUGGCCGGUUGAGAGUAAAUGACCAGCUAAUUGCGGUAAAUGGCGAAGCACUGCUGGGACGAUCCAACCACGCCGCCAUGGAGACACUGAGACGGUCCAUGUCCUCAGAGGGCAACGCCAGGGGCACCAUCCAGCUGGUGAUACUGAGGGCCUCUGCAGUGGAGGGGCAGUCCAUUUCUAACACCAUAGCCGCUGUUAGCCAACUCACUCCUCACGCGGGCCCCCACUAUCAGGAGCCUCGGGGCCGCCGUGCGUCCCCCCGGGGGACCUCCAGACCCUCAGAGCUCAAUGGCACCAGUCUCACUGACAAGUUUGUGUCUGGUGGCUCCGGUGGUGCUCUGCAUCCCGCUGCGACCACCAAUGGCAACCACGGUCACUAUGGCAAUAACCAGGAGUACUCCAAGGAAGCCUUCCCCCCACUGCCAUCCUCAGGCGCAGUGCAGGAAACGACUAGAGAGCCAGCACUCCAUCCCUCGCCAUACAGUAAGGGUCCCAUGGAUGGCCGGGUGGCCAACCGCAAGGACGACAUGCCUCGCAACAGAGCGUCCAAAAGCAUGGACCUGGUGGCCGACGAGAGUAAUGUGAGAUCACUGGUUGGACAUCACAGUGAAGGUACCACUGGAGGAACACUGGGCCCGACCCUGGGUCUCUGGAAGUCCAGCUCCCUUGAAAGUCUCCAAUCAGCCAUGUCAGAGGCCAAGCAAAACCACAUCAAGGCCCAGGUGCCAUUUCAUCGGCCACGCCCAACAAUGGUCCGGGGACGUGGGUGCAACCAGAGUUUCCGCAUUGCCAUUGACAAGUCCUAUGAAGGACCUUCUGAAGAUGACGAUUAUCCAUCCGAGCAGAGCUCUGGUCAUGAAACGCCGGCCAGCGGCUCCUCACGUCAGGACCUGGAUGUAGAGGAUGGGGCGAAGAGGAAGAAAGUCAACGGGAGGAAGCAGGAGAAAAAGAGUAAAGGAAAGAAGAAGCGUGAGGAGACUGCAGAUGAUGUGGAUAAGAAGACCAAAAAGAAAGGUUUUGGCCUGUUAAGGUUUGGCAAGAAGAAAGAAGACAAGAGCAAAGAUGCAUUCAAAGCGUCAAAAAACAAACUGCAAGCCUUGAGUGAGGAGGAAAUGGACAGGUUUCCCGACGACCGAGAAAGCUAUGACCCGCGCUAUGCCGAAAUCCAGCUCACCCCAGACCCGGGCUCCCUCCCAGAUGUGGAGGACGACGACAGCGACCCCAACUACGCCCGUAUCAACAACUUCCGUAAGCCGGACUCGCCGCAGUUAAUUGCCCGCACCCAUUCCCCCGCGGCCCCGAGUAGACCGACUCAGGCCCCCGCUGAUCUGGACGGCCUCUACGCCAAGGUCGUCAAGCCUCGGCAACAAUCUGCAGAAAGUGAUCACAGGCCCCACGGGAUGCGGCGGGAAUAUCAGCAGGUCCGGGCGGCACCACCCUACGAGGAACUGGACGCAGGACGGCGUAGAGUCCUGGAGCACGACCCACAUCGGGUGGCACCGAGAGGCGCUGAAUCAGGACAUUUUCACUUAUAUGAAGAAGUGGCCAGGCCGCAGCCCGCACCCAAUAGGAGGGAUCCAUACGAUUACCCGAGCCACUCCAGAUCCGCUCACCACUAUCAAGACGUGUCCUCCAACCAACGCCACUACCCCGCCUCCCCUCACACAGGACAGCAGUAUCGUGCGGCCACGAGGCAGAACAUCCCCUCAUCUCCCACUGUGGGCCAUAGAGGGCGCCAGUACAACGAGGCCGUAGGAACGAGGGGAGACGGCUACCGGGACGCCAGCCCUGGCCGCUACACCAGCCCGGAUCGCUACGGCUACGCAGAUGAGAGACAGCCUGAUCCCAGACGAAAGAACCCGAUGAUCGGUGCAGUUUAAAGUUGUGAAGGACAAACAUUCAAACAUGUAUUUAUAUAUACAUUUUAUCCAAGAGAGUUGAAAAAAAAUCCGGGGUUUUUAAUGUAAUUACACCGAAGUAACUUAUGUCGCGUUAUUGCAUAGAAUCCACAUUUAUUUCCCAAUAGACAGGGCUCACUUUUCAGGAAGUGGGGACGCCUUGACCCACAAAAAUCACAAAGCAACGGAAAUAACAUCCUUUUCGAGUUUGUUCCUUCCAGACAUUUUUUUUUGUAAAAUAAUAUUUUGUGGUGUUUCGAAUAAAACAUGAAAUUUGAUCAACUGCAGGUUAAUUUAACAGCUCAAUUUUUAUACCACAAUUUUGCAUUAAAUUAAUGAAAAGUC